CAGGAUAACGAAGCACAGUGAGGCUUUUAUCCUAGCAAAAAAACCGAGCUAUUUUAUUUCUAGGUGUUCAAUUUAUUUAACACCCUCGUUGUUAUCCUGCUCAUUACGUGAGGAUUAUAUUCUCCUGUGUUAAUCUAAAAGAUCUACAGACCAUCACCGUAUUCGCUGACAAUGGAUGUGAUGGUGCGCCGCUGCCCAUUCUUGGCUGGUAUGCCCCAGGCUUUUUUCCAGCAGUCCAAAAAGUCACUGGUCUCGUAUGCUCAGCGAUGCCCCAUCAUGAUGGAGCUUGCUUCAAAACCUAUGGCUCCUUCAAUGGCACGGGCCCUUUGCUCCUCAUCCUUCUAUCAGACGACUAACACCAAGGCUGAGAGUGAUCGUACCGCGCCUAAGCAGGAGGCUGAGUCGAAGCUGCCUGCUGGUCAUCCCAUGCCGCCUCCUGGCCAAGCCGUGGCCUCAAAAUGCCCUUUCYUGGCAGCUGAGAUGAACCAGAAGGACAGUGGUGUGGUCCGUCAGGUUACCAUGGAGUUCCAAGAGGAUGUAGAGGAAGUACGCACUGUCCAGACAGAAGUUACACCAGCCCAACUGAAGCAGCCAUCCUUGGCCAAUACUGCCAAAAAAGGGGAACAGGGUAAUCUGUUCAAAACUCUUCUGAAGCAGCGUCCUAAGAGGGUCACCCACUUGCUGCAGGACAACUUGCUUAAUAGAAUGUCCCGCUUCCAGUACGAUGACUUUUUUGAGAAGAAGAUCGAAGAGAAGAAAAGCGAUCACACRUAUCGCGUGUUUAAGACCGUGAAUCGUCUGGCCUCCGAGUUCCCCAUGGCUGACGACUUCACGGGCUCUCUGGAGGACAAAAGGGAGGUGUCCGUGUGGUGCAGCAAUGACUACCUGGGCAUGAGUCGACACCCUCGAGUUGUGCAAUCUAUCAUGGAUACUUUACAAAAGCAUGGGUCAGGGGCAGGAGGCACCAGGAAUAUCUCUGGGACCAGCAAGUUCCACGUGGAACUAGAGCACGAGCUGGCUGACCUUCACAAGAAGGACGCGGCGCUGCUCUUCACUUCCUGCUUUGUCGCAAAUGACUCCACUCUUUUCACCCUCGCUAAAAUGCUGCCUGGUUGUGAGAUUUACUCGGACUCGGGCAACCAUGCGUCCAUGAUUCAGGGGAUCAGGAACAGCGGAGCUAAGAAGUUCAUAUUCCGCCACAAUGACGUGACUCACCUCCGAGAGCUGCUGCAGAAGGGAGACCCCACCAAACCCAAGAUUGUGGCCUUUGAAACCGUCCACUCCAUGGAUGGUGCUGUGUGUCCGCUAGAGGAGAUGUGCGACUUGGCCCAUGAGUUCGGAGCCAUCACCUUCGUAGAUGAGGUUCACGCUGUGGGUCUGUACGGUGUCAGAGGAGGUGGCAUCGGAGACAGGGAUGGAGUCAUGGGCAAGAUGGAUAUUAUUUCAGGAACUCUAGGUAAAGCCUUCGGCUGCGUCGGUGGCUACAUUGCCGGUACCUCUGCGCUGGUGGACACGGUGCGCUCCUACGCUGCCGGUUUCAUCUUCACUACGUCUCUGCCACCGAUGCUUUUGGCUGGAGCCCGGCAGUCCAUCCAGAUUCUUAAAAGCGAAGAGGGCCGCGCGCUGAGACGCAAACACCAGCGCAACGUGAAGCUUCUCAGGCAGAUGCUGAUGGACUCGGGGCUGCCUGUUGUGCACUGCCCCAGCCACAUCAUCCCAAUACGGGUUGCAAAUGCUGAGAAAAACACGGAGGUGUGUGACAUCAUGAUGAGUCGCCACAACAUCUAUGUGCAGGCCAUCAACUAUCCCACUGUUGCGAGGGGAGAAGAGCUCCUGCGCAUCGCCCCGACUCCUCACCACAGUCCGGAGAUGAUGAAGUACUUUGUUGAGAGGCUGGUGCAGACGUGGAAGGAGGUGGGUCUGGACUUGAAGCGUCACCCGUCGGCGGAGUGCACGUUCUGCCAGCAGCCGCUGCACUUCGAGCUGAUGAGCGAGCGCGAAAUCUCCUACUUCAGUGGCCUCAGCCACCCCAUCUCAGCCUGCGCUUAACAGUACUUAACCACUGCCUGUUUGAGACGGCACAUAACACGUUCAUUCCUCUAUCACUGUCAUAGAAUGUAUUAAUUGUCUUUUAAGUCCCAAUAUUAUUUAAAAUACACUAUGUUCAGAUGUUCUAUAAGCUUCAAAUAAACUAUAAGAAAUUAAA